AUGGAACGUGAAAAACUACCUGAGGAAGAACACGAGUUCGAUCAUGUCGAUUAUGAGGUGGAAUUCCUCGAGGAUCUCGACGGACAAAAUACGUUUGAUAGUUUUAAUGCUGGCGACAGUGGUGAUACUACUGCACUGCUCUGUUCGGAACCCGGACCAUCAAAUCCAGCUAAACGAAGAAAAACGAACAAACCCGGAAAUCGAAGUGUUUUAGCAGUGCCAGAGGAGCUGUUGCUUGGAUCCAUGGAGAAGGAUAAACAAUAUUGCUUCAAAGGCGUUGUUUACGAAAAAAAAUUUAAAAACCAGAAGUCUUUCGAACGGUGCGGAAACAUCAUGGUAUCCAGCGACUAUGUGGAUGACGUGCUCGAACAGAUUUGGCAAUAUUGUACCAAAUUUAUUUACCGCGGGGUUAUUUUUCCGGAUACGUCCGAUGAUAGAGGAGAGUUAAAAUGGGAAGAUCCACCUAUGUAUAAAGACUGCGAUAAAUUCAUGACGUUCCACGAUAAAGUCAGCAAGCGAAAUAUUGCACCUUCUAAAGUUGAUGGCCAUGCACUCCAAAACUGGCUGACGAAAGACGUAACAGUUAUUUUGUACAAAUACUCUGAUGCUGUUUCUACGCUUCAAAAAUGGAACUUAUUGGAGAGCCAAUUGCUACGCUCGCAAUCAACAGACCGUGCAGGGGCUGAAUCUAUAACAUCACUUAAUGAAAUCAAAGAAGAGCUUAAGGAUCGCCAUGGACGUUAUUUGAGUGCUGAUGACGUCAAUUGGGGAUGCUGGGCAAACUGGAUUUGCAGCAAACCACUAAACAUGCGCGAUGACUUGAUGCGACAAACACCACCCCAGCAUAUUAUUGGACUUUUCAGUACGGUUCCUGUUCACAGCGAUGUUCUUUUGGCAAAGGCGAGAUUAGAUAUGCAGGUAGCUUCCACUGUAAAUAAUGUUUAUGUGAAAGUAUUACAUGAUCUAAAAGAAGAUCAUCAGCAAUUGGUAAACAUAACAUCCGUUAUCGGCCAGCGAAUCUCGAUGCUACAGGAAAAGCAGGUUGAAUAUGAAAACAUGCUCACUGCCAUGAAUAGUUCAAUAUCAGUAAGGGAAAAUAAGUUUUCUGUAGAGUUGGCACAAUCAGUAACAGAUUCUAUUGAUGUAGACCAUGAGUAA